AUUAUUCCCCUAAUGGUGUCUCCCUCAUCUCUCCUUACCCUUUAUAUCUCCUGCCUGUCUUCUUUAUUUGCAAGAAAGAGAGGCAUAUUAGGUGGGUUUAAAGAAGGAGGAGAAGAGAUCAAGAGAAGAGAGAUCAGAGAGAGAUGGGGAGAGGGAAGAUUGAGAUCAAGAGGAUAGAGAACUCAAGCAACAGGCAGGUCACAUACUCCAAGAGGAGGAAUGGCAUCAUCAAGAAGGCCAAGGAGAUCACUGUCCUCUGCGAUGCCAAAGUCUCCCUCAUCAUCUACGCCAGCUCCGGCAAGAUGCACGAAUACUGCAGCCCCUCCACCACGUUGGUCGAUAUACUGGAGCACUACCACAGGCUGUCCGGGAAGAGGCUCUGGGAUGCUAAGCAUGAGAAUCUCAGCAAUGAAGUGGACCGUGUCAAAAAGGAGAAUGACAGCCUCCAGAUCAAGCUCAGGCACUUGAAGGGAGAGGAUAUCACAUCCUUGACUCAUAGAGAGCUCAUUGCACUUGAGGAUGCUCUUGAACAGGGCCUUACUUGUGUUCGACACCAACAGUCGGAGAUUGUCAAGACUCACAGGAGAAAUACAAAGAUGUUGGAGGAGGAGAACAAAGAGCUCAAUUAUAUUCUGCAGCAACAACAACAACGGGAAAUGGCUAUGGCAGCCGAAAAUGUGAAGGAGGCAGAAUACUACCAGAGGCUCAGGGACUACCACUCUCAGGGCCCUUUCGCCUUCCGCGUGCAGCCUUUCCAGCCAAAUCUGCAGGAUCAUAUGUGAAACCUCCUGCAAUUAACAACUAAGAGAACUGUGUGGAAAGGGUUUUGGUUUCGUGGUUGGUCUAUGUGUGAUCGCACAAUCAAUUCCACUAGCAAUUAAUAUGUAAGCAUUUCUGGUGUGUGUGUCUCUGCAAUAUGUGAUGUCUAAGAAACCUCCUCGCCCGGCAUGCGGAGUUUGUAUGCUUUGUGUUUGUCAGAACUAGUAACGGACAAAUAUGUGUGUGGAAUAAAUUGCUUGUGAACUUUAUGACCAAAGUGCUUGCAGGCUUAUAUAAUUCUAUGGCCUUUAUGUUAUA